AUGACUACUCAUGUAAUCAACUUUGAUCCAUGCAGAAACCAAAAGACAUUUUGUCCAAAAAAGAGUGCCCCAUCAGGAAGUAAGGUUGGUACUUUCACUCGUGGAAUGGGUGCUCAACUUGAAAAACACAUAGAUGCCACAUUGGGUAGUGGGAACUUGAGGGAAGUUGUUAAAUUGCCUCCUGGUGAAGAUAUUAAUGA